AUGUCAGACAGCUCCAAGGUUUUUAAGAAGACCAGCCCCAAUGGGAAGUUAUCCAUCUACUUGGGGAAGAGAGAUUUCGUGGACCAUGUAGAUUCUGUGGAACCUGUAGAUGGUGUUGUCUUGAUUGAUCCAGAGUAUCUGAAGGAUAGAAAAGUGUAUGUGACCCUGACUUGUGCAUUCCGCUAUGGCCGAGACGACCUGGAUGUCAUUGGCUUGACCUUCAGGAAGGACCUCUAUGUCCUGAGCACUCAGAUUUAUCCUCCUGUGCCAGAACAGACGCCAACUUCCCUCACUCCUUUGCAGGAAAAGCUGCUGAAGAAGCUGGGCGAGCAUGCUUACCCCUUCACUUUCGAGAUGGCGACCAACUUGCCCUGUUCAGUCACUCUCCAGCCAGGACCGGAUGAUCUUGGAAAGGCUUGUGGUGUGGACUUUGAGGUCAAAGGAUUUUGUGCUGAAAAUCUGGAGGAGAAAAUUCACAAGAGGAAUUCAGUGCGACUGGUGAUCCGAAAGGUCCAGUUUGCCCCAGUAAAUACGGGCCCAGCACCAAAGUCAGAGACUACCAGGCAAUUCAUGAUGUCUGACAAGCCCCUACACCUCGAGGCCUCCUUGGAUAAGGAGAUCUAUUACCACGGAGACCCAAUCACUGUCAAUAUUAAUAUCAACAACACCACCAACAAGAUUGUGAAGAAAAUUAAAAUAUCAGUCGAGCAGAUCACGGAUGUGGUUCUCUAUUCGCUGGACAAAUAUAUGAAGAACGUGUGCACAGAAGAGAUAAUCAUCCUGGGAGAUCUCACUUCAAGCGAUGUUGGUGUUGAGCUGCCUCUUAUUCUGAUGCACCCAAAGCCCACUGAUGACAAGCUAAGUGAGGAGGACAUUGUGAUUGAGGAAUUUGCUCGCCAAAAACUCAAGGGGGAGAAAGACGACGAAGAUGAGAAGGAGGAAGCUGACAAAGACGAAAGCUAA